CCCGAUUUGCGUCAAGAUCCACCAUGCAGAACGCCGUCGCCACCCGCGUGCUUCGUCCUUUCCUGCGCAAGUCUGUGGCCGUUGCUGCGUCCACACAGUUUCGCGCCAUGAGCUCGGCGUUGCCGACGCACCUGCCCUUGUCGUUCUUGUCCGAGGAGGAACUCAUGUUCCAAGACGCGGCGACCAAAUUUGCCCAAGACGUGUGCCUCCCCAAGGUCAGCAAGAUGGACGCGGAAGGCGAAAUGGACAGGGAAAUCACCCAAGGAAUGUUUGACAACGGCUUUUUGGGCAUCGAAGUCCCGGAAGAGUAUGGCGGGUCGGGUGCAUCGUUCAUGAACGUCUGCUUGACCAUUGAAGCGUUGAGUCGUGUGGAUCCUGUCGUGGGUCUUCUCUGCGACUUGCAAAACACGGUCGUGAACAACGUGUUCGUGAACUACGGCACGCCCGAGCAAAAGCAAGAAUACUUGCCUCGUUUGGCGACGGAAAUGAUUGGGAGCUUUUGCUUGUCGGAAGCCGGGUCUGGCAGCGACGCGUUCGCAUUGAAGACGCGCGCCGACGUGUCGGCGGACGGCAGCUACUACACGUUGAACGGCCAAAAGAUGUGGAUAUCCAACUCCGAGUACUCCGGCGUGUUUCUCGUGUUCGCCAACAUCGACCCGUCAAAGGGAUACAAGGGCAUCACGUGCUUUAUCGUUGACCGCGACACGGAAGGCUUGGACAUCGGCAAGCCCGAAGACAAGCUCGGUAUCCGUGCGUCGUCCACGUGCCCCGUGUACCUCACGAACGUCAAAGUUCCCGCAAACAAGAUUCUCGGCGAAGCUGGCAAGGGAUACAAGAUUGCGAUUUCGACACUGAACGAAGGGCGCAUUGGCAUUGCGUCCCAAAUGCUUGGUCUUGCCCAGGGGGUAUUUGACCAAACUGUGCCGUACCUGUACGAGCGCAAGCAAUUCGGCCACUCGAUCGGCGACUUCCAAGCGAUGCAGCAUCAACAGGCCGAGAUCGCGCUCGACAUUGAGACGGCGCGGCUUUUGGUGUACAACGCGGCCCGGUUGAAGGACGCCGGCGAACCGUUUGUGAAGAACGCCGCGAUGGCCAAGUUGCAUGCGUCCCGCGUGGCCGAGCGAUCCGCUUCCAAGUGCAUUGAACUGUUGGGCGGCGUUGGUUUCACCAAGACGCUGCACGUCGAAAAGAUGUGGCGCGACUCGAAGAUCGGCGCCAUAUAUGAAGGCACGAGCAACAUGCAGCUCACGACCAUCGCCAAGCUCAUCAAGGAUGAGUACAAGCCGUAACCAUCCCAGACUAGACCCCCAAAAAUCACAUUCCACCACUGGUCCUUCCAGUGCAUCUGUGGACUCGCUCGCGGCA